AAAAUUAAGAAAUAACGUACUAGCAGUAAAUGAAAGGAAAAUAAAAUACAAAAUAUAAAUAAAGACAAGGAAAUGUAGAGAUUUCACAAGAUUUUUUACAAAUCUUUCUCCACUUAGUUUCCUAAAACUUUAUAAACGGACUACACAGUUCACAGAGCUGUUGUUGGUCUACAGUGAAUGAAUGUGUGUUCGUUUUGGUCUGUUGGUGAUUUCUAAUCUUCCGUCCGUCCUUCAGUCUCUGAACAACCAGAGUCUCUGCAAGAUUCCUCGGAGCGUCAACAACUGGACCAUCCAUGGCCUGUGGCCUCUCAAGUCUCGGGGCUGCUGCGACUGCUGGCCGAUGUUCCACUCAGACGUCCAGGAGCUGGAGGCCGAGCUGACUGAACACUGGCCAUCGCUACUGAAAACCAAAUCCAGCUUCCAGUUCUGGAGAGAGGAAUGGAGGAAACAUGGAGCGUGUGCGGCCUGUGUGGAAGGAUUCAACUCUCCGCUGAGAUAUUUCCAGACCUGCCUCAAACUCAGACACCAGUUCGACAUCCACUGGUUGUUGGAUGACGCUGGAAUCACUCCGUCCUGUGAUCGACCCUACAAGGUUGAGGAAGUUCACGGCGUUCUGGCUCCACAUCUGGGCGACCAACUGGAGAUCCAGUGUGUAACCGAUGACAAGGACCAAGAGGUGUGGUUUCAGGUGAAGAUCGGUCUGUCUCGCAACCUGACCAUCGGCUGUGAGCACCACGGCAAUGCUAAGGGGGACUUUGCGGCCGGGUCCAACCCAGUAUCGUACCCCUCUCCUGGGCAUCCCUGUCGUUCCGGUAUCCCCUUCUACUACCUGCCCAUAAACCACCAGCAGCCACUGAGGCCUUGCGACUAACACAACCAGACAACAACCUGGCAAAAUGCAGUCCUGAGAUUCGUACAACACCACUUAUCAGGGCAAAGCAGUCGUACAAGCCCUGUCACACCACUCAUAAGACAUUUACAAUGGUACUGAGACUUCUAUGGUACCACUUGGCAUUUACAAUAGAGUCCCGAGAUUUCUAAGGUACCGCUUAGCCAGCAUUUACAAUACUGCCUUGAAAUUUCCAUAUAACCACUUGCCAAAUAUUUACAAAGCAGUCGUAUGACCCGUGAUACCACUUUAUCAGACAUUUACAAGAGUACUGAGUUUUCUACAGUACCGUUUACCCAACAUUUAGAAUGGAAUCCUGAGAUUUCAAUAAAAGCACUUACCAGACAUGUACAGUACUGCCCAGAGAUUUCUACAAACCACUUAACAAAUAUUUAUAAAGCAGUUGCAUGAGCCCUGUGAUACCACUUUAUCAGACAUUUACAGCAGAGUCCUGAGUUUUCUAGGGUACCAUUGACCAGAAAUUUGCAAUGCUGCCCUGAGAUUACUAUGGCACCACUUACCCCAAAUUUACAAAAAAAGCCCUGACAUUUCUAUGGUACCAUUGACCAGAUAUUUACAAUAGAGCCCUGAUAUUUCUUUUGUAGAACUUAUCAGAGAUUUACGAUACAGUCCUGAGAUCAGUGACGCCACUUAUCAGGCACUUAAAAUGUUGUUGGUGCAACCCGGCAAAAACAACGCGUACGCAAGCAUCUACUGAUUCACAGUUUAUUGACGUUACACGUUUUUUUAACCUUCCUGCACCCAGAAACGUAUUGACAGAACAUUGAAAAGCACUAAAACCAGAUUCAGACCACUAGAAGAAAAAAAGAAGCUAACAAAAAAUAUAAAAUAAAUGGAGAGAGACAUCCACACAAAGAGUCAGCGGGACAGACUGCGGUGUUCCUCCUAUGCCUGCUAUGGGAACUGGGUAUUAAUACGCUGUACGUGGGUGGUUGUACGGUUUUGGCUACUGAAGUAAUAAAAACAAGUUGAACAGAA